AUGGGUACAAUGGUAUCAUCACCAUCAAGUCCCGAGCCUGAAGAUGCUUCAACAAUUUCCGAACGAUUAUUGCUUACGCUUGCUCAGAGACCAUUACGAAUGACCAAUAUGUUAUAUAUGACUAGGAUUAUAAGUGAUUGUAGUUCAGAAGAGAAAUUAAGAUUGUUUCAAGCAGGGGUCCUUCGACGAAUAUGUGAAACAAUAGCCGAAUAUGGUGGCAUCAAUGAAUUAAAUAGGAAAGUUUAA